AGGGGGGUUAUGGGGCGGGGGGAGUCAUGCCCGGGACCCCCCGGGAGCGGGGCUCACGGCAGCGCCCCGACGGGCUCGUCCUUGGCAGCUGCGGCGGCGGCGGCGCGGGAGCAGCGGCGCAGCAUCCCUGCGCAUCCCGUUACCACGGCAACGGCGGGGAUGGCGCUGGGACCAGCCGCGGACCCCCCGGUGUCACCCCCGUCACUGCCGUGUCCCCCUCGUGGAACCCGCGUGGACCCGGGCCAGCCAGAGGAGUCCAGCGCUUUCCCACCGGAGCGCGAGUAGAGCCCAAACCACAUGGAGUGGAGAUCAGCCCGGAACGCCUCAGCCGAGGGGACGAAGCGCUCGAGCAGCGCCAGGACCGGCGUGUCCAGGGCGGCCUCCAGGAACCGCUGCUGCUCCCGCCGCUCCUCCGCCGUCUCCUCCUCAUCCCGCCCCGUGAGCGGCUCGUAGUUAUCCAGGAGCGCCAGCAGCCGCGAGAAGCGCCCGAACCCCGCGACCCCCCCGGCCCCGCCAUGGUCUGCGGAGGCUUCGCCUGCUCGCGCAACGCGCUCUGCGCUCUCAACGUGGUUUAUGUGCUGGUGGGGGUGCUGCUGGUGGCCGUGGCGGGCUGGGCUCGGAGCCUGGGCAUGGGCUCCAGCCCCCCGCUGCUCGGCGGAGCCUUCGCCGUCGGAGUGUUCCUGCUGCUGAUCGCGGGGCUGGGGCUGCUCGGGGCCCUGCGGCACCACCAGGUCCUGCUCUUCUUCUACGUGCUGAUCCUGGGGCUGGUGUUCCUGUGCCAGCUCGGGGUGUCCUGUGCCUGCCUCGCCCUGGGCCGGGAGGCUCAGGAGCGGCUCCUGCACUCAGCCUGGCCCCUGCUGAGCGGGGGGGCUCGGGGGGAGCUGCAGCGCCGGCUGGGCUGUUGUGGUUUGGGGGAGCCCCCCGGGACCCCCCCUCCUGUCAGCACCCCCACAAUGAGCUCCCCUGGGCUGGAACCCCCAAACUGCCCUGCUAGGUGCCAGUUCUCCCCGGGGGGAUCCCCCCCGUGCCCCCCCUGCGCCCCCCAACUGCUGCAGCACUCGGACCAGGCCCUCAAGAUCCUGGGGGGGGUCGGGCUCUUCUUCAGCUUCACUGAGGUUUUGGGGGUCUGGCUCGCCCUGCGCUUCCGGAACCAGCGUGACCCCCGCGCCAACCCCGGCGCCUUCCUAUAGUGGGGAGGGGGCCUGGGGGGGGCACAGCUCCUCUGGGGAGGGGUCCCAGCCGUGGGGGAGGGGGUGCAGAACCCCCCCAAUGCUGACAGCUGCAGCCCACAGCCGCAUGAAGCACUGGGGACACCCCCAAAAUGUGACACCCCCUCCCCCACACAGCAGAAGGGGCUGGGGGAGGAGCCCCCCCCCCCCUCCCCCACUCAUCUCAGUCUGAGCUGUCCCAAACUGGUUUGUACUGGUCAUUCACACCCCCCACACCGUGCUGUGUCCCCCCCAGACUGGGGGCAGGACCCCCCACCACAGCUCUGACCCCUCCCCCGUGGUCCCCCCUGAUGGGCAUUGAGGGCUGGGGGAGGGGUCACAACCUCCCCAUCAACACCCCCAAACUGGUCUGUACUGGUUUGCACCGUGACUGGCACCAGUGACCCCUCCCAGACCCGAUGGGGGGGGAGCAGGGGGACCCCUCCCCCCCUACUGCCACCAUGGGGGGGUCACCGUGUCCCCCCAAUAAACACACAACACUGA